GCCAGCGAGGCAAGGAGCAGAGCGGCGCGCGUGUCCCGAGAGCGCCUCGCGGAUUUCCGGUUGGGCCCAACUUCCGGCCGCCCAAGAUGAGCACCAUGUUCGCCGACACCGUCCUCAUCGUCUUCAUCUCAGUGUGCACGGCGCUGCUGGCCGAGGGCAUAACAUGGGUGCUAGUUUAUAGAACAGACAAGUACAAGCGGCUGAAAGCAGAAGUGGAGAAGCAGAGUAAAAAAUUGGAAAAGAAAAAGGAAACAAUUACAGAAUCAGCUGGUCGACAGCAGAAAAAGAAAAUAGAGAGGCAGGAGGAGAAGCUGAAGAACAACAACAGGGAUCUGUCAAUGGUUCGCAUGAAGUCCAUGUUUGCAAUUGGUUUUUGUUUCACUGCUCUGAUGGGAAUGUUCAAUUCCAUAUUUGAUGGCCGAGUGGUAGCCAAGCUCCCCUUUGUGCCACUUUCCUACAUCCAAGGUUUGUCCCAUCGUAAUCUUCUGGGUGAGGAUUAUACAGAUUGUUCCUUCAUCUUCCUCUACAUUCUAUGCACUAUGUCUAUUCGGCAGAAUAUUCAGAAGCUGUUGGGUUUGGCUCCUUCUCGAGCUGCCACCAAGCAAGCUGGAGGAUUCCUUGGCCCACCACCUCAAUCUGGGAAGUUCUCCUGAAACAAGAGAAGUAAUUUGUUGCAUCUCACUAGUCGAAACAUCCUGACUUUGCAAGAAACUCUGGAUUGCACAGAAGGGUUCCUGAACAUGUUGCCUAUGUAACUAUCAUACCUUUGUUUU